CUAGUCAAUGCUCUGCAGCAUUCAAAGUGUUUUAGUUGGGAAGUUGUAGUGUAACACACAUGUCGCCAGUUAGCAAGGAUAACAAAACGGAAGUUGUGUUGUCGUCGUCCUUGUCGUCGUUGUAGUCGCUGUCAUCGCCAGCGAAACGCUUUGGAUUUCGCCAGUUUUGUGUGGAAAAUUUUUGAAUGCGCUGCCAACGGUUGGUGAAAGUGAAAAUAAAAGCUGGAAAAUAUUGCUUGCUUUGAAAACGUAUACGAAACGAGUGCAGUGUUUGAAAUAUUUGAUUUUGUUUAUCUUAUAAAAAUGCCUACAAUGUGCUCCUUUCAACUGGACCGCAUGGAUGCAGUCUACAAUAGUGCCGAAUACAUACAUGGCCGCAUCGUUUUGAAAACAGAGAAAAUGAAGCGAGUGAAUGCCGUCUAUGUAACACUUGAAGGUGAGGCGCGCGUACAGUGGUCACUCAGUGGAAAAAGCGAUUCGGCCAACUAUUGUGGCCAUCAGCAAUAUUUGUAUACACGCACAAAUGUCUACGACAGUCCCGAAUUUCGUGCUGGUACACACGUUUAUGUACUCCGAUUACGUAUACCGUCCGGUUGUCCGUCCUCAUGCAAGGGUCCAUAUGGUUUCAUUGCCUACAAUAUCUCGUUGACCAUCGCCAAACCAUGGACAUUCGAUGAGAUCUUUCGCAAACCGGUAACCGUGGUGCAGGCAUUGAACUUGAAUCAUAAUCCAGAAUAUGGACUCCCUAUACGUGAUGAAAAUGUGAAAUACCUUUGCAAUUGGCCUUGCACUUCGGGACCCAUUUUAUACACCCUCCUACUGCCUUAUAACGGUUUCGUGGCACGCCAACAGAUACCCUUCUUCCUCGAAGUGGAUAAUCAGUCACCACACUAUGACAUCGCCAGCGUUGAGGCUUCACUCAAACAGCAUUUCAUUUUUCUCGCACGACAACCCUAUAAACGAAAUUUCUAUACAAAAACUUUAGCGAAGAGUAUAAUAACCGAACGCACGCUUCGGCUAACCAAGCGCAUGUACCAAGGCACGGUUUGUGUGCCUUCCGAUACGCCACGAUCCACACUGAAUCCCAAUUAUAUUGUAUUCGUCCACUAUACGCUACAAAUAAAAUUAAAAACCGGUUGCUUUCACUAUGACACAGAUCUAUCGGUGCCGAUAGUGAUUGGCACGGUGCCGCUGCAACAGCGUGGUGUACAGUUGGUAACCACAACACAACCGCGUAGGAUCAGCACUCGUGAAAUGUCAACGCUAGAGGAGGAGGAUGGCGAUAUAGCCGGCGAACAGUGGAGUGUACAGGUGGAAAUCAAUCAGACCGAAGAUGAUGACGAUGAUGAGGAUGGCGCUGAUGAUGUGAACCAACCGGCGGCUAGCAGGACUGUUGCGGCACGUGGAGCGCGAGCACAGGAUAUAUCAAAUAACAAUGACGACGAUGAGCCGCCUUCAUACGAUAGUUGUUUGCCACCCUCCUUCAGUUUUGCCACACUCAGCAGCCAGCAGACCCUGGAUAGUGUGGGUCAGUCAUCGGACGCCAAAAUGCGCACCCAACGUGCCAUUAAGCUGCCCAAGUUUCCUGGAUAUGACAUUAUAGCUUCCUCCACACAAGCCAUCAAUUUGUCUGCCGACUCUGCUUUGAGUUUGAAUUAUUACCAUUCAUAUGGUUCGCUGGGCACUGGACACACCGGUCGCAGCUUAGACACUUUCGCUUCGAGUUGUGGUGUGCUCAGCGAAACCGACGAACAUGUGCAUGAAGCCAAUGAAGAUGAUGACGACGAUGAUGAGGAUAUUUUCUAAAGAAAUCAUAUUACACAUUUAAUUAUACAUUCUAUAUGUAAAACCGUGCGACAGUAGAUUUUACACACAAAAAAUCAAUUUACUCGCAAAACUAGGCGUCAGAUGUAGGAAAACUGCGUUUUUGGUUUUUCUCCUGGUGUGUGGAUUUUUGCUGAAAGGACUUUAAGAUUUCAGAAAUAUUCAAUAAAUAACGAAUAAUAAUUUGGGCAUCAAAUUAAAAAAAAAAUAGUUCUGAGGAAUUGAUAAAAAUUUAUUUUUUUGGUUCAC